AUGGACUGGGGCGUGUAUCUCGUUACCGGUCGCGAGCUACUCCCGCCUGGCAAGGAGUACUUGGAGAGCCUGGAUGAGUCACUUCGUGACGGAAAUGUAUCUGUCGUGCAAAUUCGUGAAAAACACACCGAGUACGACGAAUUUUUAGCUAUUGCAUGGGCCUCCCUAGCUGUGUGUGACAAGUAUGGUGUUAAAAUGAUCAUCAACGACAAUGUGGAUAUUGCCGCAGCCCUUCCUGAGCGUGUGGGGCUGCACAUCGGGCAGGACGAUGCCCAGCUGAGUGUCGCGCGCGCGCGCCUCGGGCCGUUGCGUACAAUCGGACUAUCCGUGCAUACACCCGAGCAGGCCCGCCAUGCGCUGGAGAGCCCAGUAGACUAUGCGGGCGUGGGCCCGUGCUGGCCCACACAGUCCAAGGCGGGCGUGACUGACGACGAUGCGCUCCUACCUCGGGGCGCCGCGGAGGUGGUGGCGAACUUGGUAAAGGAUCCCCAGGAUGUGCGUCCAGGCGUACGUGAUCGUCUUCCGUGCGUCCUGAUUGGAGGUAUCAACCGUCACACGGCGAUGCGGACGCUGCGAGGCGCCUCUACGACGAGGAACCAGCCCGAUGGAGUCGCUGUCAUUUCGGCAAUUGUGUCGCGUCGCGACCCUGGCGCGGCGGCGCAGGAGCUACGCACAAUUGUGCAAGUGCACCGGCGCGAAGAGGAAGUGCCAUCAGAUACAUGGUCCUGUGAUGCGCUUUUGGACGCCACACAAAAGCUGUUCGCCGCGUACCACACGCCUUAUGAUCCUGUGGCGCGUUGUGAUGACACCUCUAGUGCCACUAUCCUACGCCCCCUUGUGCAGACCAUUACGUCGCAUGUAUCGUCUAACGUUAGUGCCAAUAUGACGCUGGCCUUCUCGGCAAGUCCAAUUAUGAGCCAUCAGGCCACCGAGGCGGAGGCGCUGAGUGACGUAAUUGGUGCGCUCGUGCUCAACAUCGGCACGAUCUCUCCUGAGUCGCGCCAAGGCAUGGCCGUGGCGGGUCCAGCCGCCAAUGCUCGAGGGAAACCGGUCGUGCUUGAUCCUGUGGGUGCAGGUGCAUCGAAGCUGCGCCACUGGACCGUGCAGACACUGCUGAACGAGACACAGGUGACGCUGAUCAAAGGGAAUGCGGCCGAAAUCGGUCUGCUGGCUGGGUCCAGCGAAGCACACGCCCAAGGUGUCGACAGCGUCGGCACUCUGAGCUCACCUGCCGAGCUAGUCAAGCAGCUGGCGCGGCAGGAAGGCGCCUUGGUGCUUAUGACGGGCGAGACGGACUACUUGACAGACGGGAAUGUGGUGAUUGCGUCCCGGUGUGGCACACCGCUCCUGGGAAGGGUCACUGCGACGGGGUGCUCACUGGGGUGCAUCGUGGCAGCUGGGCUGGCUGCCGCCCAGACGCACUAUGGAAUUGAGCUGGGCGAUGCACAGACGCAGCGCGUGCAUCCGCCGCGCCUGCGCCGCGAGCUGCUGGUAGGGGCCCUUAUGGGCCUGCUCGUCUUUACUGUGGCAGCAGAGCGUGCUGCUGCGCUUCCUCAUGUGCGGGGACCGGGCACGUUUGUGCCCGCACUCCUUGACGAAAUAGCGUGCUUCGGCCCGGAGCGCCUUGCUGCGUCGGUGGAGGGCAAGGUGCAGGUGGUGUAG